CCUAGUUUUUAGUGACAUACUUUAUUUGCAGAAGAAAAUAUGGCAAAAUUAUUAGGAUUAGAUAAAGUUGCUGCGUUAUUUCGUUUGAUACGCGAAAAUGGAGGAGUUUUUCGUUCUGUAAGGACAUUGUUCAGGACGGAUGACCUGAAGACUGGUACUUUAAUAGGAGAAGAUAAAUAUGGAAAUCGAUAUUAUGAGAACAAUAUGUACUUUGUAGGUCGUAAUAGAUGGGUAAUAUAUGCUGAUAGAGUUGGAUUCAAUUAUGAUGGUUCUCAAGUUCCACCAGAAUGGUUUGGUUGGCUACAUUAUAAGACUGAUUUACCACCGCAUAAAGAUCCGUCUCGACCAAAAUACAAAUGGAUGAUGGAUCAUACACAAAAUAUGAGUGGUACAGAUCAGGCUUAUAUGCCUUACAGCACCACAAGACCAAAGAUUGAGCCUUGGCGGCCACCACAGUGACAGGUUUUGUCCAGAUAAAGAAUGAAGAACGAAGUAGUAAUUCAUAAUGAUAAUGAAGUAAAAUAUUCAAUGUAAAUAAAAUGAUUAUCAACAUAAAGAUUAGAUAUUAAAAAUAUAUAUAUA